CAUUUGGCCUUUUGAAUUCUCCGAUGGAUAUUGGUAGUGGAGGAGUAAGAGCAGGAUGCAUGCGGAUCAGGUGUCCCUCCCCACGUAGAGCCAUGGCUCGGUUGUUUAACUCAAAGGAGAAGGUCAAAGGGAAGAAUAAGAAGAAGGCUUCGGCAGAAAGCCAUGUGAGAGAUUAUGACUCGGCGAGGAUCAGAAACUUUUCGGAGCACGGUCCUCAUGGAGUUGACCAAUCUACAGAUUCGCCAACGACCAUCGAUUCUGAACUGAAAGGAAGGGAGUUUUUGUUCAACAUUGGAGUGAGUUGUUAUCUGCUACAUCUGAUUGCUACUGGUAAAGAAGAGAUUCACAAGAUAGUUGAUCUAAGGAACGAUCUAGAGAAGCUUCUUGAAUGCCAAAACGAUGAAAUGAGGCGAAAACAUCUAGAGUUUGUUAAGAUACGCGACAAUAUAGACAAGUUAUUAGAGUUUCAUAAUGAUGAACUGAUGCGAAAACGUCAAGAGCAGUGUGAUGAAACCUCUGCGGUGUAUUCCACCACAAGUGAUGUUGUGGAUGGUCCAGAAUCUUCUUAUAUUGAUCACUAUUACUCUCCACAGUUCCUGGAGACAUCUUUGAUUGAACGUGAAGGUUCUUUGAAACAUUAUGUAUACAAUGAAGGGGAAGAAGAAGAUUAUGGUGGGGAAAUGGAUCAGCUUGAAGCAGAACUUGAAGCUGAGUUUGAGCUUCUUCAGAUUGGUCAGGACCACGAGUGUAACUACUAUUCUAUGCUCAAGGAGGUUUCAGAGAAGAGUGGUGAUUCAGAAGGCAUGGAGUUCAGAUACAUGUGUUCAGAACCAGUGGAGGAACAACAAGGAGUGUGUCCUUAUGAGCUGGAGAGAAGGCUGCAUGAGCUCAUGGAGACAAGACAAGAAGAGGAGAUAAAUGAGCUGCAAGCUGCGUUGGAAGAUGCUAAGAAAAGGCUUCAUGUGAAGGAGGCUGAAGCUUCUUGGUGGAAAGACACUGCUUACAUAGUCUCUGAACAUAUUCCAAAACCUUCUAGACUCACCUCCAACUCUCAAACUCGUCUUCACCCACCCUCUAGGUAAGAAAUCGAGUGUUUCAAGUUCUAGUAGAAAGCAAAAGUGUUUUGUAAUCUUGUGAAGAAGCUGAAUGUUAAAAAUAUAAUGGAUGUCUUGUUUAUCUCAAUUUGGUUACAAUUUGCUGUGGAUCAGCGAUUUUAAAAGAGAGAUGUAACUUCUUGGGCAACGAAAUCUCAUCCUGAGAUUAAAGUUUGUAAAUGAUUUACACUUUCG